UGCGCGCGCACGCGUUCGCAAGGCCACCCGCGCCCAGAGCCCCGUUUGGCCGCUCGGCGCCGGCGCCGGGGCUCUGCGGGCGAGGGGCUGGCAGGAGCCGGCAAAAGGGGGCUGAGAAGCCGGGAGCCCCGAGCGCCAGGCGACGGCCAAGCUGCUGCGCGCCCGAGUGCCCAGCUGGGUCAGGGACAGCCGCUGGGUGCCGGGGAGCCGAGCUCGCAGAUUGCAGUGGAAAAGCUAAGAUGUCACAGUGGAUCCUUGGCCUCCAGGGCCCAUUAAAAUGAGAGUAAGAUCUCUGGGCUGGCUGGAACUAGCCUAAGACUGAAAAGCAGCCAUGGAUAUGGCCGAUGAGCUACUCAAUGGGAGCCACGCAUGGCUGUCCCCUCCACUGGACUUCAAUGGCUCGGUGGUGGCAGCCAACAGUUCAAACCAGACAGAGCCGUACUAUGACCUGACAAGCAACGCGGUCCUCACCUUCAUAUAUUUUGUGGUCUGCAUCAUUGGGUUGUGUGGCAACACGCUUGUCAUUUACGUCAUCCUCCGCUAUGCCAAGAUGAAGACCAUCACCAACAUUUACAUCCUCAACCUGGCCAUUGCAGAUGAGCUCUUUAUGCUGGGUCUGCCCUUCUUGGCUAUGCAGGUGGCUCUGGUCCACUGGCCCUUUGGCAAGGCCAUCUGCCGGGUGGUCAUGACUGUGGAUGGCAUCAAUCAGUUCACCAGCAUCUUCUGCUUGACGGUCAUGAGCAUCGACCGGUACCUGGCAGUGGUUCACCCCAUCAAGUCAGCCAAGUGGAGGAGACCCCGGACAGCCAAGAUGGUCAACGUGGCUGUGUGGGGGGUCUCUCUGCUAGUCAUCUUGCCCAUCAUGAUAUAUGCCGGGCUUCGGAGCAACCAGUGGGGGAGAAGCAGCUGCACCAUCAACUGGCCAGGUGAAUCUGGGGCAUGGUACACAGGGUUCAUUAUCUAUGCUUUCAUCUUGGGGUUCCUGGUACCCCUCACCAUCAUCUGUCUUUGCUACCUGUUCAUCAUCAUCAAGGUGAAGUCCUCUGGAAUCCGAGUGGGUUCCUCCAAGAGGAAAAAGUCUGAGAAGAAGGUCACCCGAAUGGUGUCCAUCGUGGUGGCUGUCUUCAUUUUCUGCUGGCUCCCCUUCUACAUAUUCAACGUGUCCUCCGUCUCCGUGGCCAUCAGUCCCACCCCAGCCCUCAAAGGCAUGUUUGACUUUGUGGUGGUCCUCACCUAUGCUAACAGCUGUGCCAACCCUAUCCUGUACGCCUUCUUGUCUGACAACUUCAAGAAGAGCUUCCAGAAUGUCCUCUGCUUGGUCAAGGUGAGCGGCACAGAGGAUGGGGAACGGAGUGACAGCAAGCAGGACAAAUCCCGGCUGAAUGAGACCACGGAGACCCAGAGGACCCUCCUCAAUGGAGACCUCCAGACCAGCAUCUGAACUGCCUGGGGAGAAACAAGAGCCCAGCCAAGUUCUGCGCACUGGCCGCGGCUCCCCCUCCAGACCCCACGGCACCCCCUUCCUUCCUCCCGCCUGUCACACCUGGCUUCUAGAAUAGGGAUUGCUCAGCAUGAGUCCCAUGCAGAGAACUGUGUUUGAGGCGGCUUGCCUGAUUGAGUGACAAUGUGUUAAACUGUUUACCACCCCCUUAAAGUGAACAUUUAAAUGCAGGAAGACAAUUCCAAGUCUGGAGAAGAGGAGGCCAUGCCUGGGUGUGAUCUUUAAAAACGCUGAUGCUCAACAGAAAUAGGAAAAAUAUUUCUGUGUGUUUGUGUGUUUAAAACCCAAUGUGUAAUCUUGUGUUCUUAUAUUUAUACCUGUAUAUUCCUAUUUAGUCUCUGUAUAGCCAUUGCCUACGUUCCUGUGUUCACGUACACACAUAGCAAAUUCAAAUGUGCAUAGUAUAGGUGGAUGUGUACCAUAAUAUAGGACCCACAGAAAUGGACUGGCCACGAAGUCAAUGAAGUUUAAGCUCCAGGGAUUUCUCUUGCAUGAGCCUUUCCAAGGCCCAGGAGGAACCUGGGCAGUAUGUUCACAUGGUCAUAUGUUUUUGUAAAAAAUUGUAAAAGUAAGA